CCAGAUUCUCACUUGUUGAUUUCUCUCUCCGCUCAGAAAAAUGAAGCCGGUGAUAGGUACGGUGGUGUCGAACAAGAUGCAGAAGUCGGUGGUGGUAGCCGUGGACAGACUCUUCCACAACAAGCUCUACAAUCGCUACGUCAAGCGUACUUCGAAGUUCAUGGCUCACGACGAGACGAACGCCUGUAACAUCGGCGAUCGAGUGAAGUUGGAUCCUUCGAGGCCAUUGAGCAAGCAUAAGAAUUGGAUUGUUGCGGAAAUCAUAAAGAAAGCACGAAUCUAUUCUCCACAGGCUGCUGCUGCAGCCGCUCUCAGUUUCUCAGCUGCAAAAUCUCCGUCUGAGUCUUCGGUUCCCCCUGUUUCGUCUUCCUAAGGGGUAUCAUCAGACUUCUUUUUUUGGUGUUGAGUUUCACUUGCAAGUUCAGUGUAGUGUCUCUUGGCACCUUUUUCAAAGAUUAGGUUGUUUCAGUUUUGUGGAACUUCAUGUGACUUUGUUGUUUCUGAUAAUAAGUUAUCUGACAUUUGGCACAACUACUAUGUGGCAUUUCGAUUCUGAGUU